AUAAACGAGUUAAACGUUUGUGCCGGGUGGGUAGUUUUGCGGAGAAGCGUGUUGGAUUAGCCUAGAACUACUUCGAUAUCACACAAUAUUAGCAGUCAACUAUGAGUGAUGAUGCAAAUAAGCGAAAAGGAAAGACCCCCGGGAAAUCAACAAAAAGAAAGACCAAAAGAAGAGAGACCUACGGCGUUUACAUCUAUAAGGUGUUGAAGCAGGUCCAUCCGGACACAGGCAUCUCGAGCAGAGCCAUGAGCAUCAUGAACUCCUUUGUGAACGACGUCUUCGAGAGAAUCGCAAUAGAGGCGUCUCGACUGGCACAGUACAACAAGCGCUCGACCAUCACCAGCAGAGAAGUGCAGACAGCUGUUCGUCUUCUGCUGCCUGGAGAACUGGCUAAGCAUGCUGUGUCCGAGGGUACCAAGGCAGUCACCAAAUACACCAGUUCUAAAUGAUUACUAAAGUGGCCAACAGGAUGGAUGCACAUCAUUUGGGCAGUAAUCUUCACAUUUAACAAAAAAAGAAAGAAAGAAAGAAGGUUUUCAUUUGUGUGUCUAAGUGAAAAUAAAUGCACUUGAUGAAACUUCCA